AUGAAUCAAUUGGUGUUCUAUCGGCUUGACUUUGGUGAAGCAUCAUCAAUCAAGGAUGAGAACUUCCCUACCGCACUGCACCUUCAAAGUGAUUAUGCCCCAUUGGACGGAGAAAUAGAAGGCGAUGAACACUCUGAUCUUGCGCUUGCAGCUGCCAAAGCUGAACGAAAGGUGUGUGAGGCUGAGAAGUACCUGGCCAACUGCAUUUUGGCACACCAAUUGGUGAUUCUCAGCAUCUGGCAUCAGCACAUCCAGGCUGCAAGUUCUCAUUUGUUGACGGCAGAGCUCGAAGUUGGACACCUCCAUACGGAGUGGAAGAAAAUUGGUAUCUCAAUGUCCAUGACUCGAAGUCAUUCAGAUGACACAACAACAGUCGGCACCUCAUCCUCAUACUAA